GUUAUCAUAUAUUUAUACACUGAAAGGAAGAAAAUAGCAAAGAAUUUGAGUCUGACAAGAUCAGCAAACUAUACACCAAAGCCUAAAAAGAUUUUCUUCCAUGAUAUACAUUUAGACAGAACGUGUGUGCUCUCAGAUGCAUCCUCUUUCGUGUGUUUUUAGCCAUAAUGGGAUUGGAAUAUGGUCAUGUCCAGAAAAGCAAGGUCCAUGUCCUCACCAAAUUGCAAUGAAUUGAACAUCAAAAUGGGCUGAUGAUUUGUUAACUUCAAGUCAAGCUCUAGUACUCCAGCGAUUGGAAAAAGGGAGAAACUACUCUUUAUUCUUUACAAAGCUACCUUGGACAUUUUUCUUUCAGUUGUGCAGUUUCCGUACACUGCAACAAGAGGCUUUCUUUUGAGGGGUGGCUUUCAAAUCAAGAUGGCGACGUACUUUCAUGGGAGCUCAGAAUUCCAAGCUGCUUCUGCUGCUGCACCUGAUGGGACGAUGCAAACACUCUAUCUCAUGAAUCCCAACUACGUGCCCUACUCUGACACACACCAACCAGCUGCUGCCACUAACAUGUUCUUCUUGAACCCCGCCGGUAACGCGCUGAACCCUACAAGCCUACACCACGCGCCACCUCCUAACCAUCACCACCUACUGGGUCUCCCUCUCCCUACACCAGCUGCUUCCAUCAGACCAGGCAGUUCGGAUGAUCCCCACCGUCCAUCCCUUCAUGGUAUAGUCUCCGGUGUCCACUAUAACUUGUGGGGACCAAACAUCGAUCAUCAGAAUUCACCAGGAAGUAGCCAUGCUCAGGUGGUGUCGGCAGCGGCUGCAGCAGCAGCGAACUCGGGUGGGGCCCACGAUGUUGCAUCGCAGUUGGGGUUACGUCGGCCGGUAGCGUCACCGAGACAAGGUUUGUCCCUGAGUCUAUCAUCCCAGCAGCAGGUGACUUACAGGUCAAGUAAUGUUGAAACAGAUAUCCAAGGACAAUCUCAAGUUCCCACCAUAUCACUAGCUGAUGAUAUGAGGAUAUCUGGGAAUUCACCGUCGUCGGUUUCCGUUGUUUCGAAUGGGAUUUCCGGAGUUCAAAGUGUUGUUUUGGGAUCGAAGUACUUGAGAGCAGCGCAAGAGCUUCUUGAUGAAGUUGUUAAUGUGGGGAAAGGGAUAAAGACUGACGUGUCUGAGGGGACCAAGGAGAAGAUAAAGAUGAACAAAGAAUCGAUCGCUGCUGUGACAGGAGAGGGUUCGAGUGCUGGUGAAAAUGGGGCUAAACGUGGAGCUGAGCUAACCACAGCACAAAGACAGGAGCUUCAGAUGAAGAAGGCAAAACUUGUCAGCAUGCUUGAUGAGGUGGAGCAAAGAUACAGGCAGUACCAUCACCAAAUGCAAAUUGUAGUUUCUUCGUUCGAGCAGGCAGCAGGAUUUGGUGCAGCAAGAUCAUACACCGCCCUCGCUUUGCAGACAAUUUCGAAGCAAUUCCGCUGUCUUAAAGAUGCAAUAUCUGGACAAAUCAAAGCCACAAGCAAGAGUUUAGGAGAAGAGGAUUGCUUAGGUGCAAAAGUUGAGGGUUCAAGACUAAGAUUUGUUGACCAUCAGCUUCGACAACAACGGGCGCUGCAGCAGUUGGGAAUGAUGCAACACAAUGCUUGGAGACCCCAGAGAGGAUUACCUGAACGAGCUGUUUCUGUUCUUCGUGCUUGGCUGUUCGAGCAUUUCCUUCAUCCGUAUCCUAAAGAUUCAGACAAACACAUGCUGGCUAAACAAACAGGGCUUACUAGAAGCCAGGUGUCUAACUGGUUUAUAAAUGCUCGAGUUCGCCUUUGGAAGCCAAUGGUUGAAGAAAUGUAUUUGGAAGAAGUCAAGGAACGAGAAAGGAAUGGCAGUGAAGAGAAUGGAAACAAAAGUGAGCAAAAGGAGUCAGGGUCUAGUUCCAGUGCCCAGCAAGAGAGUGCGGCACUUAAGAUGGAUCAAGUUAAAACUCAAUCCAAGCCUGACAAAUCCAUCAAUCAGAAUACUUCCCCUACUGAAUUUUCAAACUCUACAAUCUCCACAUCUCCCAUGGGAGGGUCCCUUCUGCCACAAACAGCCUUCAAUCUCAUUGGAUCAUCUGACCUUGAUGGUACUGCUACUCGAAGAAGCCCAAAAAAACCCAGGGGUAUCAAUGACAUGCACAAUUCCCCUAGUAGUAUCCUUUCAAUGGACAUGGACAUGAAGCAAGGUGAAACAAGGGAAAUCAACAUAAAGUUCGGUGAGGAAAGGCUAUCCAAGGAUAGUUACUCAUUAUUAACUGGAACGGCUAAUCAUGGCGGCGGAUUUGGCACAUACAGUACUAUGGGAGAGAUUGGGAGGUUUGAUCCUGAGCAGCUGACACCAAGGUUUCCUGGAAACAGUGUUUCCCUCACUCUUGGCCUUCCCCAUUGUGACAAUCUCUCACUCUCGGGGAACCAACAAAACUUCCUAUCAAACCAGAACAUUCAGCUAGGAAGAAGGUUAGAAUUAGGACCAAGCGAAUCUGAUUUCUGUGGGAUCAACAACCAACAAGCUUCUCAUUCGAGCACCGGUUAUGAGAACAUUGAGAUGCAAAACAGAAAAAGGUUUGCUGCGCAAUUGUUGCCAGAUUUUGUGGCCUGAAGAAUCCAAUUCGCAAUGCAUGCUUUUACUUUCAAUUCUAUCAGCUGAUGGGCUAUAUAUUACUUCUUGCCCUUCUAGAAACACUUAAAGUAAGUUAAAUCAUGACACUGAGCAUGCAUCAACGAAGCGGGAGAACAGGAAAAUAAUCUUUCCAAGUUCAGUUUAUAUUUAUAUCAUGCUCGCUCUUAUAUAAAGAAAGAAGCAAGCCUACUGUAAAGAAAGAAGGAUAGUUAGUAUUUAUAGGUAAUAUAUAUACUUGAAAGCUAGUAUUCUUACAUAGUUUAGGCUUGAAUUAGUAAGGUUGAGCAUUGUAUAUCAUAUUGAUACAUUUGGAUAUCGAUAUUUGAAAGAUUUUACAUAUGGAUAUGCAAAUUGGUUAUUGGGUGCACACAA